GGCUGUUGUUAGAUACGCAGGAAAUAGGUGCUCUCGAAAUUGGAUACGAUCUGGAAAAGAUUCGUAAGCCAAGAUCGGGAAUGGUCAGUCAAGACCACAUGAAAGUAAUUCGCCUUCACUUUUUCGUCCUCGACGAUGAGGAUAACAUAGAAACUCAAAGAGAUUGAUGGUCUUGUCCUACUUCUUACUUCUUUAUAAGGUAAGUCUGUCUCCAGCAAUAUCUCCUAAAUUCGAUUCUUUAAAAAAAUACUCUCUACUUUUUUACCAUACUCUUUAAAAGAUUAUAUUCUCUAAUUUUUUUCAUCUCUAACAAAGUCCUCUAAAUCCAGUUCUAUAUAUCUCAUUCUCUACAUUUUUUCUACCAUAUUAAUAUAAAUUUUUAAAACCAUAUUUUUUACAGUUUGUAGUUGUUCAUAUGUUGGAAAUUAUUUUUUGAAGCAUAUUAAUAGAUAUGUUUUACAACUGCCUUCACCAGCCGCGUGGGAAAAUAGGAUUUCUCUUGUUCGUGUGGUGCUCCUUGUCGCGGAAGCAGAGCGCAUCCAUGCCGCCGAAGCAAAGCGCCUCAACGCCGCCACAGUUCUCCUCCCCAGCCGAGCUCGACAGCGCCAUUGUUAGGGCCGGAAAGGAGCCGAGGCUCGGUGGCUGACGAGAAAUUUGACUUUAUAAAACACGGUGGGUGCGGCUUCGACGAAAUGGAGGUCUAGGAGAGGGUUUCUCCCUUAUGAAACAGCUGGGCAUAGCCCUCCCUCUGAAAUGGACAUGAGUCCACCAUUAACAGGUAACGACUGUCUUAUACUCACGCCGUCAGUUUGCCGUUACCAGGAUAUACGUGAGACCCAACCAAACCGAGUUCUUGCCCAAACCCUAUCCACGCACCUUUGCCGCCGCACACUUGCCGCCGCACACUUGCCGCCGCUCGUGCCGCGCACCAUGGAUGGAACGAGAGAUGGAACUGCUCCCCUCGUCGCUGUUGCAGAGGCCGUUGAUGCUGCUCGUGCCGCCGCUGUUGCUGCGGCGGAGGCAAGAUGCGCGGCUGUGGUGGCUGAGAAGGAGGCUGUAGCGGCGGUUGAAUCUGCGACAAUUGUCGCCGAUAAGGUUGGACUAGCUGUCGAAGCUGUCAAGUAUCAAAGCUUUGUUCAAGAUAACUCCAUGGAACAUGUUGAUUUUAAGUAUCACGUUAGCGUGAAGAACUCACUACAAUAUGCCAUUCAAAAGAUGAGGAGGCAAUCUUCACUGUUACGUACCAUUAACGGGCUGUGUUGUAGUAUCCCAGAAGUUGAAGGUGGUAAGGUUGGAAAGCUAGCUGGGCAUUUGAAGGAGAUCUGCAAGAGCCUCGAGAAGACUUCAAUAGUGUGUGAAGAAGAUCUGGAGAAUAAAUGUCCUGGUUGGGACCUUCAUCAUCCCCCUUCAGAUGUUGAAGACAACACCAACCCUUCUGAUGUUGAGGACACAAUGGAUGGAUACGAGUCAGAAGAUCCGGAGUUGUGGCAAAUGGUGUUUGAUGACUUGCAGUGGGAAGAGAAUAAAGUUGCUGUCUCUUUGGGCGAGCAUUGUCGUAUUUGGGGCUACGACUAUGACCAAAUGUAUGAUCGUGAGAUGAAGUAAGACAUACUGUGAUGAAGCAACUAACCAGUUAAGCAUCCUUUUGUGAUGUGUGAGGUUACUUGAUGUAACCUCUUCUGCAGCCUUUUGUGAUGUCAAGUAACCACUUAUGAACUUGUAAUCUGUUAGGUGGAUGUUUUAUGUAACAGAAUUGUAAGACUAUCUAUGUGCUUGUAAGACUUUCUGUUCACUUUAUGAUUGUGCUUGUUAUCUGAAA